UUUGAAUAAUAGACAUUGUAAAUCCUUGAUAAUAGAUCUACCAAACCUUUCAACCUAACAAUGAGAACAUUGUUUAUUCGACGGAAUAUACACAGUACACAUGGGGCACCAUUCAAUCAGGUGUCACUUCUUCCUGCAAAUGCGACUUUUCCAACUCAGAGUAGUGUGGCAAAUGAGUUUCUUGACUUUAUCCUUUCACUUUUCAUAUUGCCAAUAUGAGCUACAACACGAUGCUGCCACUGGAAAUCAUUGACAAUGUCUUGUCAUUCGCGGAUUUUCUGGAACUCUAUCGCUACAGAGAAAUCUGUCGCACAUGGCAACGGUUGGCCGAGCAACACAUUUACGAAAAAGCCCGCGUUACCAAUCUCAUUCUACAGACAGAAGUAGCACAUUAUUGCGAGCAGGAACUUGCCAUGGUGGCACAUAGUUUUGAUCCCGUACAUAGAGUCAUUGAGUUUCGACCACGCGAUGCCACCUUACCCAUUGCCAAGGACGCCACUCUUCCGCCCAGCAACUUUCGCACUCUUCCGCCCAACAUCUUUCGCCGAUUGGUCAAGCUGUUUUUUGAGCCGUGGAAACACGUCCCUAUGCCAGCUGGGCUUCCAGAGAAAUACCAAAAGCUGGUACCGUCAUAUGGUCAAUAUAACCCUGCAUUGGAGCAGCGCUAUAUGCUUCCAGAAUCAUCCAGCACUCAUUCAGCAGAAUAUGAAACUCACCUUAUCGCUAAAAGAGGCGUGAUCAUGUCGUUUUCGUAUGUGCAUCGUGCAGACGUCCGGCAGCAACGUCGGGAACUCGAACGCCAAACAACAGCAGGUGCCAUAAACGACAACAAUGAGCUAUUGCCGAUAACUCAACGAGGAUAUCCAGCCUCUGUUACUGCCACCCCAUGGCUACCACGGGCUUGCGGCAUCCAGGUAAACUGGUUGAAAGCAUCCAUUCCAUGGCUCGUUUCUGGUUUCCAUCCGUAUGUAGCAGUACCACAUAUAUAUCCAGAGCGAUAUAGUCAUUUACAGACAACGCUUGCCGACAAAUAUCGUAUAUUUCGUUACUACAUAUACUCAGAGCCCGUAACAAAAUAUAUUUUGGAUGACGAGCAGCAUCAGAAUAACCGUCUGAAUAACAGCGAUCGCUUGCCAAAGGAUUUGGUAAACUAUCUUAGAAUGUAUACGGACGAGGAUGAUCCAUCUAUCGAGUCACAACUCUCUUUACUGGAGCGCACAUUAGAAUACGAGAAUAUCGACUCGCGCUCUCUAUGGAAAUAUCGAUAUGUACGUUACGGCAUAUUUACUAAUUUUGCGCCCGGUUAUAGCAGAGAUAUCAUCAUCGGCCAGAUCCUAGCUGCAGAAAAGCGAUUGCAGCAAGAAAAAGAACGGAUUAUAGAACUGUACAAGUCAUCCAAGAACUAGCACCGAUCGUUUUUUUCAAUUCCCCCGCGCAUUCCUCACCUAUGAACAUUGUCUAUCCCUAAACUCUCUCUCCCUUUUUCUUGCGAGCUACUAUUAUAUCUUACACCUUACAUUAUUUUCCCUUACAUAUAUGCUUGACACUUUUCCUUGCGCCAUAUAAAUGCAAUUGUAAGAAGAGUGAGUUAUUGUUGCAGUGGGGAUGGGAGAGAUUGAUGAAUUGCUUUGAUGAGUAGUAAUAUUAACAAAUAUAUGUGUAUAAAGAGGGGUAUGCAAAGAUUAAAGUAAAGAGACAUGGUUUUUCUUGGUAGUCUAGGUUACAAAUGCGUAAAAAAUUACACUUGGAAGUCGCAUCCGUUUUA